UCUUAGCUCCGGUUGGCCCCGGCUCCCGCCUGUCUCUGCCGUUGCUAAGCAUCACGCUCGGGUUUACCAUCUCCCCCGUUUUUUUUUUUCCUGUGUUCGCUCGUCCAUCUCACCGGGCUUGAAGGAGGAGACGCGAUUGAGCAGGAAAAAAAAUAAAUAAUAAAUUAAUUAAAAAUCCGGAGGGGUACAAAAAAAAAAACACAAAUCAGAGCGGGUAUAGAGAGGCCCCUCUUGACACGGUGUUUAAAUACAGAAAGAGCCUCCCGACAUGUUUUUUUACGCGUUGCGACACCAGAUAAUUUAAGGACAAAGGCGUCUGGAUAUUUUUUUUCUUCUUUUGAGUAGAAAGUGUAAAUUUUUUUGCGAGUGGCUGUGGUGUGUGUUUGUUUUUCUGAGGGGCGGAGAGGGAGACGGAGAGGCUGCGGUUGUCUCUAAGCUAGUUCGGGUUCGACAGAGCUGAUGUCGCGGCAGCACCCGGCUUCGUCCCGCUGUAUUUGGGACCGGUGAUCGAGAGCGGAGCAGCGGGGGUUUGCCCGGCUAGGAAACCGUACCAGCCGUCCCACAAGCUCGCCUGGACAGCCCUCUCUCCCUCUCCCCCCCUCCCUCUCCACACCGGGUCUCCAGAGCCGGCUAGCACUGUGAAGACGGAGAGCCUUCGGUAAGAGGGGACUAGGCAAGUCCGAGGCCCCCCCCUGUCCCGCCACCCUCCUCUCUGCUACCCCCUUCGCUCAGAGAGCGAGCAAACCCGGCGUGUCGAGCCAGCGAGCCCCGGGAGGAAGGGCUUGUAAAGAGUAAGGGUAAUGACUUUGGAAUCCAUGAUGGCUUGUUGCCUCAGCGAAGAGGCGAAGGAGUCAAAACGGAUCAACGCGGAGAUCGAUAAGCAGCUCCGCAGAGACAAGCGAGACGCCAGGAGGGAACUCAAACUGCUAUUACUCGGAACGGGAGAGAGUGGAAAGAGCACGUUUAUCAAACAGAUGAGGAUUAUCCAUGGAGCUGGCUACACUGACGAGGACAAGCGAGGCUUCACCAAGCUGGUCUACCAGAACAUCUUCACUUCCAUGCAGUCCAUGAUCCGAGCUUCGGAGACCUUGAAAAUCCAGUACAAAUACGAGCAAAACAAGUCCAAUGCCCUGUUGGUUCGCGAGGUGGAUGUGGAGAAGGUCUGCUCGUUCGAGCACCCCUAUGUAAACGCAAUCAAAUUUCUGUGGACCGACCCUGGAAUCCAAGAGUGCUACGACCGGAGGCGGGAGUAUCAGCUCUCCGACUCGACUAAAUACUAUCUAAGUGAUCUGGACCGUAUAGCGGAACCGUCCUAUCUCCCUACUCAACAAGAUGUGCUUCGGGUUCGAAUCCCCACAACCGGGAUCAUCGAGUACCCCUUCGACUUGCAAAGCAUCAUUUUCAGAAUGGUGGAUGUGGGCGGGCAGCGGUCUGAGCGCAGGAAAUGGAUUCACUGCUUUGAGAACGUGACGUCCAUCAUGUUCCUCGUCGCUCUCAGUGAAUACGAUCAGGUCCUGGUCGAGUCUGACAAUGAGAAUCGAAUGGAGGAGAGCAAAGCGCUGUUUAGAACGAUAAUCACAUAUCCCUGGUUCCAGAACUCCUCCGUCAUCCUGUUCCUGAACAAGAAGGACCUGCUGGAGGAGAAGAUCAUGUACUCCCAUUUAGUGGACUACUUUCCGGAGUUUGAUGGUCCCCAGAGAGAUGCCCAGGCGGCCCGCGAAUUCAUCCUGAAGAUGUUCGUGGACCUGAACCCGGACAGUGACAAGAUCAUCUACUCUCACUUCACCUGCGCCACGGACACAGAGAACAUCCGCUUCGUGUUCGCCGCAGUGAAGGACACCAUCCUGCAGCUCAACCUGAAAGAGUACAACCUGGUGUAGACCCCCCCCCCCCCCCCCGCCACGCGCCACAGAAAAUUAAAAUUAUAAUAAAUACGAAAUCAAAUCUAUAUAUUGCUGAAAAUAUUUUAAACCUUUUUAAUAACAACAUACAAACAAAACGCAGUGCUGCGUCGGAUCUGUGCAAGUUUGUAAUUCGAUGGCAAGUCGUCCACAGAGCUUCUCUCGAUUAAAUGAAAAAUCUACACGUGUACGAAAGAGAAGCUUUUAAGAUUGAAUUGAGCAGUACAUCGGGGGUGGGGGGUGUAUCCAUAUUCAUCUCUCUUAGUUCAGUAUUGAUGUUAUUUUAAUUAUGGGCCAAUCUGUACAUUUAUUUCAGCCUACCACAACUACUAUGUUAUAAUUUGCCAAACAAGCUUGGGCUAAUUUUUUGUUUGCCCCCCCCCCCCCACCCUCCCCCCUCUCAUUGCCAAAUUUAAACACUGGACCAACUGACCUGCCCCGACCCCAUCCCCAUUCUGUGCUGUUUUAAAGACUGGCCACUAAACGUAGAUUUUGAAAACCAAAAAUUAUAAACAAACUCACUAUGUGGUGCAUGUGAUUUUAUCAUUUUUAGGGACAGUUCCGUCCCCCCCCCCGUCCCCGUCCCCCAGGAAAUAACCCAACCAUCUGAAGUGAUUUCUAAUGAUGUAUUUACUGUUUUUAAUUGAUUCCUUCUUUCUUUACGUAUCAAUCAUAAAGUGUUGAUACUGUGAUUUUGUGUUUUAUUUUUUAUUGACGUAUUAAAAACAUAAUUAGUAACUUGCUGUUCUUUACAUUCAUGGACUACAAAGAUGGGAGGAAAACAAGCAAAAGAAAAAUAAAUAAAUAAGUCAGAAGACCAGGAAACGUGUUAAGUUAUUGGAGGGGGAAGAAUGACCUCUGGUUUUAUUUUAUACAGUUUAAAUUUAAAAGAAAAAAAAAAAAUCUUCUGUAGGCAUGGUUUAGAAGAUUUUAACCAAGAUUUAAAAAAAUAAAUCAUAAUUUUAUUUAUCUAAUUUAUGGACCAGAUUAUAUAUAUAUAUAUAUAUAUAUAUAUAUAUAUAUAUAUAUAUAUAUAUAUAUAUAUAUAUAUAUAUAUAUAUAUAUAUAUAUAUAUAUAUAUAUGUAUAUAUAUAUAUAUAUAUGUGUUGAGAGAGAGAUGUAGUUUAUAUAAAAAACACCUCUUCCACACAAUUCCCAGGCAGAGGUUGACGUCUCGACUGCUGUAAAAACUUCUUGUGUUCGGCUAAGUAAUCAGUUUUAUUUUAUUUAACUUGGAUGUCGAUGAUUGUUGUUGUUGUUGUUAUUAUUAUUAUUAUUAUUAUUAUUAUUAUUAUUAUUAUUAGUUUAAUGUGAGGUGGCAGUUGAAAUGCGUUACAGAUUUAAUUCAUGGUCUCUCUUUUUUUUUUUUUUUUUAAAUGCAAAAUAGGAAAUGUAAAGAAAAAAAUGUGUAUUCACUCUCAUCAGUGGGUGAAGUCUAACCUGCCCCUUGUCUGCUUGUAGUAGUAUUAUUAUUAUUCUUCUUCUUAUUAUUAAUGUUGAUAUUAUAAAGAAGCUUGUCCUGCUAUGAGACAGCUGUUGAAGUCAAUGAAUUCUGCCGGUACUUGCAGUCUUAUUUUUUGCAAUGUACUCCGGUAGUUUUUUUUCUUUUUCAUUACAAGGGCUAAUGAGGGGCUCUGUGAACAGCCUAAUAGAAACAGACUGGGUCGUGCGUCGCGGUGGGCUUCACUGUUGAGAAUGGGUGGGAUGGGGAGGCGUUGCUGCAGAUUUGGUGCACGAACGUCGGGGAGACUAACUGGGUGGCGUUUUUGCAAAAUUAAAAUAGUGCCAAUUCACAAUUUCUUAAAAUACUUUUAAGAGAUGCAGUAUCAGUUUUUAGAAUUUUAAGGAAACGAUUCUACUGACAUCUUGCACAGCAGAUGCAUUAUUUCAGAUAUUAGUAAUAAUAAUAAAGAAAUACGAAUCCAGUAGUGUUUCUUUGUUUGUUUAUAAUUGCAGAUCUAUUUUGUCCUCCUCGGCACAUCCAACACUAAUAAUCCAAGUGUAAAGCUUCACGCUCAAGUUUAUGAAGCCUCUGUAAUCCUGCAUCUUGUGUCCUAAAAAGGUUUCUGCAUCCUUGCUAAAAAAAAAACAAAACCAUAAUUUAUAUGUUAUUGUUUUCUUUCUCCUGAAGUGCUAAUCCUGCCAAAAGACAUCAUGUGUCAAGAACUGUUCUGCUGAUCUGCCACAGUCGGUUGGGUAAAUAAAUGGGUCUCCCCCUUGCCUCUGUAGUUGAGUGCGUCUGGUAUUCAGUAUUUUUCCUUGCAACGCUUGACUUGUUCAAGAAAUGUAUUUAAUUCUAACCACCCCCAGUUAAAAAUCGAUGCUGUCCGAGACUUUUUAAGGAAAUAUGUAAUACAGAAAACGUCCGGCUUAUCAGCGUUAGCCAUGGCAUGAAUAGAAUAGACAGGGAAGCAGUGGGUUUAUUUCAUCAUGUAGCAGAAAUACACACACACACACACACACACUCUUUUGGGGGUUUGGGGGAGGUUAAGAGGUGAAAUGUUCAUUAGUAUCCCGCGCAUAAUGAGUUUUGGCUUUUAAAAAAAAAAAAAAAAAAAAAAAAAAAAAAGUUGUAAACUUUUUUUAAAAUGACUUCGUUUUUUGAACUCCUAACUGGGUUACCUGUACAGUAUUAAUUCUGAUCACUGGUUACAACAAAACAAAAAAACAACACUAAAACAAAAAAAUAUAUAUAUAAAUAAAUUAAAAUAUAUAAAAAAAAUUAAAAUAAAGUUUGAGUGGAACGUUAUUAAAUUUUAAAUAUGCAUCAUAAUAAGCUUCUCAAUAAUACAACACUAUAUUGCCAUCAUAUAUGUCUGGAAUGCAGUAGACGUUCCGUUUUGGUGUUUUGAAAGUUUGGUGUUUUGAAAGUUAAGAUUUAGUGUCUGAAAUAUAAUUUUUUUUUAAAUCUAGAUGUAUAGAAAUCCCAUCUCAUUAAACAGGUUGUAUAGCCCUGUAUACAGAUGCAUUGUGUGUGUAUGUAUAGGGAUCUUAAUGCAUCCGUUUAAUUUUCCUGACCUUGCAGUAAUUUAUUAUUUGAUUUUCAAGGUAUGUUUUUACAUUCCCCAUAAACUGAUCCAUCAUCAUUCAGCCUCUCCUGCUUUUCGGGGGGGCAAUUUUAUUGUUCUCUAUUAAAAUAUGUGCCAUGUUUGGAACAGUGGGCUUGGUUCCCAGAAAUGUAAGGACUUUUUUUUUUUUUUUUUUUUUUUCUUAAGUAUGUUUUGAUUGAAGUUUGAAACCCUUUACAACGAGAGGGUUUGGAAGUUGUAUUCUCAUUUGUGUUUAAAAUGCUGUUUGACAUCCGAGAAUGUGUUUAUAUAUAUAAAUCCUCCUUAAAGUUUUGUGAAUUGGGCCCAGUGUCGGGAUUGGAAAGGUGCAGCAUUUAUUUUUUUGGUUCUUCAGUGUCAUAAAAAUCAUGUUGAGCUCAUCCAAAAAAAAAAAAAAAAAAAGGGGUGGGGGAGUUGGGGGCGACGACGUCUGAUUUGUUAGCCUUUUCCUGCUCUGUUGUCUUCAUCUUUUUAUUUUUUAUGAUUUCUCCCAUUAGGCAUUAAGUGUUUUAUUUUUUAUGAUUUUUUUUUUUACAUACCUCAGGUAACUGCUUAGGCAGUUCCAGACACACUUUGUCACCAAAUUGAUUUUUAAUGUACUGCAAAUGUGCAACAACUUCUAUAAAAUGUUGAUUUGGUUUAAAUUCUAUUGUUACAAUCAUGCUCAAUAAAAUGUAAAUUCCUUAACCCUUUA